ACACCAACAUUCUCACUACUUCAUCUACAAUACUUCUUUUACAAUUUCAUCUUCAACAACAUCUUCCAAUUUCAUCUACACCAACUCCCCAACAAUAUGUCUUUACUCACAAUGGGCGAAGCACACAGAGGAACAGUUGCAAACAUCGCAACAUACGAUGUAUCAAGGUUUCGAACUCGAGUCCACGAAUUUGUCCCAAUGGACCCGAUGAUUCAACCUUAUGUUGAACUCGCCGGUUUUGGUCAGAUUAGCAAGAUUAUGUCUUGGUCUAUAGAUAACAAGUUCAUUCUAGCCUUAUGCGAAAGAUGGAGGCCAGAGACACACACAUUUUGGUUUCCAACCGGUGAGUGUACCGUGACGUUGGAAGACGUCUACAUGCUUUUAGGACUACGAAUUGAAGGCAAAGCUGUUAAUGGUAAGACCAACUAUGCAAAUUCAAUUUGCAUGGAGCUUUUAGAAACUGAUUUGUUAGAUGAUAAUGCUAGAGGUCAAGGUAUACUACUCUCACGCCUAAAGUCAUAUUAUAAUAGUUUAUAUUUAGAUGAGCAUUCUACCGAAGAUGCUUGAAUA